GUGAAAUAAACUGCCCUCCCCAAACAGACGUUAAAUUUUUAAAUUAUACUAUAUUGGUCAAGUUAACCUUGAAGCGUGAUUUAAAUUGACUUGACUGACUAAUGAAGGAUUUCUGAAAGACUCUAUUUCAUUAUUAUAAUCCUGAGGAUCUGUUAAAAACUAUCUGUUAGGAAAUUAUAAAAAGGACAUUAUGCAAAAUCAUCAAACUGGUGGACGUAAAACUGUCGAUAUUUGUGAUUUAAUUCUUGAAUAUGUGAUACAAUUUCCAUUUGCUAAAGAUGUAAAAUCUCGAAUUAAUUUAGAUGAUAUUCAAAUGACUGAUAUUGAUUUUACCCGGUUAAAAAUUAUUCAUAAAGAAACUGAAUAUCUUUCAACAAAUUUGAUAAAUGGUGAUAUAGAACCAAACUCAACAACAACAACAACAAUUUUAGCGCCAACAGUGAAAAAAAAUCUUAAAAGUCAUGUUCUCUUCUCAUCUUUAUUUACUAAUAAUACAAGUGAAACACAAACAAAUCAUUUACGUACUGAACGUCGUACAAGUUCAUCAUGUCGAUUAAGUUUACAAAAAGCUGUUACAAAAGGUGGGAAUUUAAAUUUACAAAUUGGACCACCAAGUAUGUCUGUUCAAGCAAAUGGUGGUUUUCGACGUGAAGUAACAAUGUCUAAGGAUAUUGAACAAGUAUUUGAAGAAGAACUUAUUUGGACUUUAGAUACAGAGAUAGUUGUCCCUCCAGGCUAUCGUACACGUGCUGAACUAGUCAUAACAGAAGAUGAAUACAAUGGGAAAUUUCAAGUUGAAACUAUAUUCGAAGGUUCAAUCUCAGUGAAACUACGAGAUAAAAAAGACGGAUCUGUUGUAUCUGUUGUAGUCAUAAACGAUUUGAGCAAACUAUUAAACUCCAAGCAUGGUUUCCAUCCAAUUCCAAAUUCAACAGGCGCUGUUAGUUUCAUCAAUGAAGGCUCAUGUCAUUGUCACUUUGGAAUUGGACAACGUGUUGAACUGCAUGAAGAGAAAAUUUAAGAGUGAAGUUUUUUGUUACUUAUCAUUAUACUACUGUUAUUUCAUAUAAGUAGCACGAAUUCUUUUCAAAAAUCCCAGUAACUUCUCAAGUGUAUCUUGAUAUAUCUACGAAUCAUUUCGCCUAUUUAAUUAUCAUAAUAUAUAAAUGUUUAUUAUUAAA